AUGUCGACAGAGAACGAGGUGAGCUUCGAAACCCUCCCCAUAGGCACCGUCUGCAUCUCUCGUAUUCAGUACAGCGGACGAGGCCGCGGGGGCAACACGUGGGAGAGCCCUGAGGGUUGCCUCAUGUUCUCGCUCUCGCUACGAUGGGUUGACGGGCGCACACUGCCUCUGCUGCAGUAUGUGUUGUCGCUGGCAGUGGUGCAAGCGAUUGAAGACAUGGCCAAGGAGAGAGGGACCUCCCUCCCCCAGGUGGCCCUCAAGUGGCCCAACGACAUAUUUCUGGGCGGGCUGAAGGUGGGAGGCGUGCUCUGCACUUCAUCCUACCGCAACAGGGCAUUUGACGUCACUGUGGGCAUAGGGCUGAACGUGGACAACGCCCAUCCCACCACGUGCAUCAACGCUGCUCUGCAAGCCGCCUGCCCCUCCGCCGCGCCCAUCCCUCGCGAGCUCCUCCUGGCGGCCGUGCUGAACCGCCUGCACUCGCUGUUGCUCGUGUUUGAGCCACAAGGCUUCAAGCCUCUGGAAGCUGAUUAUCUUCAACGCUGGCUGCACAGUGGGCAGCACGUGGUGCUGGAGGAGCCUAAAGAGGGAGGAGGCUCCACCCAGGUCUCCCUCACCAUUCAGGGUCUCACUACGGGUGGUUACCUUCUCGCAACUGAUCCUUCGGGGGUACAAUACGAGCUUUCCCCAGAUGGCAACAGCCUUUGGUUGAAAAUCCGUACUUCCUUCCCCCCCUUCCUCCCUUUCCCCCCCUUCCCCCCCUUCCCUUCCUUUCCCCCCCUUCCCUUCCUUUCCCCCCCUUCCCUUCCUUCCCCCCCUUCCUCCCCCCCUUCCCUUCCUUCCCUUCUUUCCCCUCCUUCCUUUCAUUCCGCUCCUUCUCCUGCUGCCCCUACUUAA